AUGCAUACCAUCAUCAAGAAAAUGAAGGAGUUAAAGCAGCUCAGAGCUGAAGAAGAAUCAUCAUCGUCAUCCUGCACCGAUACGGAUGACUGCUCGAGUGUCGAGAACAACACUUCGUCCAACCAGUGCCAUACAAAAAUCGAUCUCAAAUCAAGACGAAAGCAAAUCCAUUCGAAACGGUUCCGACGCCGUCGGGCAUCUGAUAAUAAUAAUCAUGCAGCAGGAGCAGCAUCCGACGCCAAAGUGGUGCAAGCCUUGAGACAUGAAAUUGCCACGCUAAAGUGCAAACAGGAUCAAAUGGAAAGCUAUCGAAUCAAUUUGGAACGGGAUCAUCGCUGUCGUCAAAGGCAGCUUGUGGCUAUGGAAUUUUCAAAACAAAUGACCGAGAUGAAGAGCCGCGAGUUGGAACAAGAAGUUCGGGACGUUGUGGAGGAUCAACUUCGAUUUGACAAUCAGAUUCGUUACCAUCAGGAUGUCGUCACCAAACCCAAGAUGGAACAAUACUAUACUGCUGAAAUUGGAUUGCUCGAGAUCGAGAACAGAAUCUUACAGCAAAAGUUGGAACGAUGUCAACACAAACGACAUCUCUCCAUGCUCGCUGAUCUACCACCACAGAUGUGA